GAGAACGUCUCCYAGACAAUAUACCGUAGGUGGCUUUUUGAUAAGAUAGAGAUGGAUUUCACCGACAACGGCCGCGAUGACGACAACGAGUCUUCUAUAGUGCACGACGAUGCCCAAAACCCUUUGAACGGCGAAAACGGAUUCUGUGGAGACGACGACACCGAUGRCAUUCAUCGGACACAGGCAUCCUCUUCCGAGAUGUCCUCGUUAUCGAUAUCACCGAGUUCGGAAGAACAAGCAUUGCCGUGGGAACCAUCUGGAGUGUGGUGGAGGGACAUGCUUUAUUUCGUGGGACCCGGUGAGUGAGAUAURCGCCGUGUAUUCUGUUUGCUCGAGCAAGACCGAUGGUGUUCUUUUGUUCUGCCAAGCUGAUCACCACUUCCCGAUUCUUGUCUUCUGAUUUUCUUUUUGAUUUCCUGCAGGUUGGCUCGUUUCGAUUGCAUAUAUCGAUCCAGGUAAUUACCAGGCCGACAUCCAGGCCGGUGCUACCACGCAAUAUUAUUUGUUGUUUUCCAUCUGGUGGACCUCCAUUUUGUCCAUCUACGUCCAGGUCUUGUGCGUYCGGUUGGGGUAUUAUUCGCAAAAAACCCUAGCAGAGGUGCAGGCUAGAGAAUUUAGACAGCAGCAAUCCACUUGGCGCCGGUACUUUGCUUGGUUUAUUGCCGAGUUCUCGGUGAUUCUGACCGACCUUCCCGAGGUGAUCGGAAUAGGGAUUGCCUGCAACUUGUUCUUYGGAUGGCCCUACUGGAUUGGCGUGAUCAUGUCCCUGAUGACAACUAUGUCAUUCUUAGCAACAAUGAAGUACGGRAUGCACAUAUUGGAAGGAAUCAUGUUUUUCUUCGUGGGCAUAAUGUCAAUCGCCUUGUUCGUUGAAAUGACUUUCGUCGGACCGGAUGGAACAGAAAUUGUAAAGGGAUGGAUUUAUGGGUUUGUAGAAGUUACAGCAGAUGAUAUGUUUGCGAUAGCUGGUAUUCUGGGUAAGUAAGACGAUUCCAUUUGUCGAUCAGUCGAUUCGUCUUGGAGCGAUUAGGAUGGAUACACGUACAAUACGACAGAUUGCUUUCUAAUCCAAAAUGAAUUUAUGCUUUKCUCUUUAUUGGGCAAUACCUCUUAGGAGCCGUCGUCAUGCCUCACAACUUAUAUCUCCAUACGGCCUCGGUUCAAAGCCGAAAGGUCGUUCGGCGAGACGAUGUCAUUAAAAAGGCUGUUUGGUAUUGCUCCGUGGAACCGAUCUUGCCGAUCAUGGUCUCCUUUUUUGUCAACCUCGCCGUGGUGGCGAUUGCCGCAGAGCGAGUCUAUGGGACCGACAACGCCGAUUCGGUGGGACUCACAGAUUUCUGCAACUAUUUUUUGUCUCUGAAGGGGGGGUGUCUCAUGUGGGGAAUCGCACUAUUGGCUGCGGGUCAGUCGAGUGCCAUCACUACAACGUACACCGGGCAAUACAUCAUGGAUGGSUUUUUGAAGAUCCGUCUCCCGGUGAAGGUCCGUGCCGUGGUCACCCGAUUGGUCGCCAUWACGCCCUGYGUGAUCGUCAGUGUAUUCUUUCCGCGACAUUUGAAUCAGAUGAUCAAUGUCGUCAACGCCGCACUCGGAUUCCUCYUGCCGUUCGCKCUAUUGCCGCUCAUCAAGUACAACUGUAGCGAGCUUGUCAUGGGCCCCARCAAUGCUUCGAAGGGUGUGGAGAAAAAAAUGCUGUAUGGAUUUGGAGUGGUUGUCUGGCUGAUCAAUGCAGUGACUCUGAGGUUAGUUUCUACUACAGUGAUCAAUUGCUGGUUUUUGUGGUACCUAGGAACAAAGACCAAAGCGCAACAUCAUGCAAAAUCCCUWAAAGAUUUUUUUUUUCUGGWUCCUUAACUCUACGACACAUUGCAUAAAUGAAUAAUGGAAGUAUCCCCGGUGGUGGUUUCUUCGGCGACGGUGUCCGUGCAAUGAACUGGUCAUUUGCCAAGUUUGGUUGGAUCCUCUUUGAACUCGUGAUUCAGAUAUUUUAUGCAUGGUGGAACUAUUCUUGCUUGUUCCACCCGUUAAUGGAGCAUGACCCUUCGCUGSAAGCCGACUCCCUGCCAAACGACGAAGACGCGGCAAUGAUAUCCCUUUCUGAAGAUAACGAGCUAACGUGACUAGUAGCGGCGCACGGCAAUAUCAGAAGGUACAUGGCGUAGUGUCGCUGUUUUGUUUCAGUGUGUUUAAUUCGGAAUUUUUUGGCGAAACUAAAAGAAUAAUUAUCUACAAUCUUU